CCGGCCCGCGGCACCAUGUCCCGCCGCAAGAUCUCCUCCGAGUCCUUCAGCUCGCUGGGCUCCGACUGUCCGGAGACCAGCCCCGAGGAGGAGGGCGAGUGUCCGCUGUCCCGCCUGUGCUGGAACGGCAGCCGCAGCCCUCCCGGCCCCGCCGAGCCACCCCUCGCCGCCGGCGCCGCCGCCGUCGCCGCGGCCAGCGCCGGGGCUCGCCGCGCUCCGCGCCGUCGGCGGGUCAACCUGGACUCGCUGGGCGAGAGCAUCCGCCGCCUGACGGCCCCCGCGCCUCAGACUAUUCGGCAAACUCUUCAAAGGACACUGCAGUAUUUUGAGCAUCAAGUUAUUGGGUACAGGGAUGCAGAGAAGAACUUUCACAAUAUAUCAAACAGAUGCACCUACACAGACUGCUCUGGCAACGAAGAAACUGAAGAUGUCUCAGGAAUUCUCCAGUGUACAGCUAAUGUACUUGGUCUGAAAUUUGAGGAAAUGCAAGAAAAAUUUGGGGAGGAAUUCUUCAAUAUCUGCUUUGAUGAGAAUGAAAGAGUUCUUCGAGCUGUAGGUGGGACCCUUCAAGACUUCUUCAAUGGCUUUGAUGCUUUGCUGGAGCACAUUAGAACUUCAUUUGGAAGACAGGCCACCCUGGAAUCCCCAUCUUUCCUAUGCAAAGAGCUCCCUGAAGGCAAUCUCAUGCUUCAUUACUUUCACCCACAUCAGAUUGUAGGGUUUGCAAUGGUGGGAAUGAUAAAGGCAGCAGCAAAGAAAAUUUACCGAUUGGACGUGGAAGUAGAACAGGUCACUAAUGAUAAACUGUGUUCAGAGGGGACGAACCCAGGUAAUUGCAGCUGUCUGACUUUCCUUAUCAAAGAACACGAAAAUGCAAAUAUCACAAAAGCACUUCCAUCAGGAACUUCCCAGUCUCCCUUAGAUCUGAGGAUUAGUAUCAGCACCUUCUGCAGAGCGUUCCCCUUUCACCUGAUGUUUGAUCAAAACAUGUUUGUUCUUCAGCUGGGAGAAGGUCUAAGGAAGCAGCUCAGAUGUGAUACCCACAAAACUCUGAAAUUCCAAGACUGCUUUGACAUAGUUUCUCCUAAGAUCAGUGCCACAUUUGAACGAGUCCUCCUGAGGUUAUCUACUCCCUUUGUUAUUCGGACCAAACUUGAGGAUUCUGACUCUGAAAAUAAAGACAAGGUGAUGGAAGUUAAGGGACAAAUGAUUCAUGUGCCAGAAUCCAAUUCAAUUUUGUUUCUGGGGUCUCCCUGUGUGGACAAGCUGGAUGAACUGAUGGGCCGAGGCCUCCAUCUGUCGGACAUACCUAUCCAUGAUGCUACUCGUGAUGUUAUAUUGGUUGGGGAGCAAGCGAAGGCCCAAGAUGGCUUGAAAAAAAGAAUGGAUAAACUGAAGGCAACGCUAGAACGCACACACCAAGCCCUGGAAGAGGAGAAAAAGAAAACAGUCGAUCUCCUUAUUUCUAUUUUCCCUGAAGAAGUGGCUCAGCAGUUGUGGCAGGGACAGCAAGUUCAGGCCAGGAAGUUUGAUGAUGUCACCAUGCUCUUCUCGGAUAUUGUUGGCUUCACAGCCAUCUGCGCGCAGUGCACACCCAUGCAAGUCAUCAGCAUGCUGAAUGAACUCUACACACGGUUUGACCAUCAGUGUGGAUUCCUGGACAUCUACAAGGUGGAAACAAUAGGUGAUGCGUACUGCGUCGCAGCAGGGCUCCACAAGAAAAGCCUUAGCCACGCUAAAGCCAUUGCCUUGAUGGCACUUAAGAUGAUGGAGCUAUCAGAAGAGGUUCUCACUCCAGAUGGGAGCCCUAUUAAGAUGAGAAUAGGCAUUCACUCAGGAUCAGUGCUGGCCGGCGUUGUUGGUGUAAGAAUGCCACGCUACUGUCUCUUUGGAAACAAUGUCACCCUUGCAAGCAAGUUUGAGUCAGGAAGUCAUCCGCGUCGCAUCAAUGUCAGUCCAACCACAUACCAGCUUUUGAAAAAGGAAGAAAAUUUUAUUUUUAUCCCUCGUUCCCGUGAAGAGCUUCCAGAAAACUUUCCAAAGGAAAUUCCUGGGAUCUGUUACUUCCUCGAGGUCAGAAGUGGUCAGAAGCAGCCAAAACCCUCCAUCACAUCCGCCAGAGUGAGGAAAGUUUCUUACAACAUUGGCACCAUGUUCCUCCGGGAGACCAGCCUAUGAGGCCUGCUGCAGAUCAAAGACUCGUGAAAAAGCACAAGCCCAGAACUGGGUCACGCCAGGGGAAUCGGAGGUUCUUUCUAUUUCACUGCCUUGUUCUGAACAAGCAGUAAAAGCUUCAUGUAAUGUCAGGCAAUAAUCAUUUUAAAGGUGGGUGACUGCUGUUGGUAAACAGAGUGGAGAUGAUAGGGAAAAAAGUGUUUGAACAAAUACUUCCACUUCCAGAGGAAUUUCAUUAGUAAACUUGAGUCUGGCCCCUUUAUGACAAACAAACACAAACAAAACGAAAAAACAACUCUCAGAUUAGAGGUUGGUUUUGUUUUGUGCAGAAUGAGUGAUGGUUCUCUGUAGAUUUGCACCAGCUAAGCAGAAUUGAGAGUCAGUUCUGAUUAUGCAUUCCUACAUUCAGUGUGUUCUUCAGUACGGUAAUGAUGUUUUUUAACUUUAUGAACAAACAUUUCAUACAUGUACUGUAGAGUUGUUGUAACCUUCCUGGCAGGAGGAAUUAUAAUUCAGUACAAAAGUUGUAGGGAUUUUACCUAUUUUUAUACAUGUUUCACUUUCUGGAUAAUUACAUUCCACAUACUGUAAGCUGAGUAAGCCUAGAUAGCUUUUCAGAAGAAGUUACUGUAUAUUUCGUAUAUUCUGCCUAUCAAAGCUUAUUGUUAUACACAUGGGAAGAAGUCAUUUUUUUGACUUUUUUGGCAUCAAAAAAGAUCAAUAUUUUAAAGGAAAAAAAAAAAACCCACUUUGGUAAACCUCUUUACCUGAUGUUUAUGCUAAACUUUAGAUGAGCAUUGUCUUGCUAAUACAAAAUAAUGUUCAGUAUUUGUCCUAUAGUGCUGUGUGUCUACUGUUUCUGGGACAAAGCAAACAAAAUGUAAAAUAACAAUUUAUUAACAAACAGAAAAGUUCUGUUAUACGCAGUGGGGCUUUUUUUCCACAACAAAUUCCCAUCCAAAUUAAUAUCGGGUACAAGUCCUUCCUCUGAGAGAGUCCAGCAAAUUCUGGAGCAUUCUGCGUACUGGUUUUCCAGUUUUUUAAAAGAACUUCUGCUUCUGCUCUAAAAAUCCUAUCUGCUAUUAAAGAUGCUAAUUUGGAAAUUUCCUCUGUGGUGGAUUGGAUGAAAGGUUUAUCUAAUGUAAACCAAAAAAUACUGAAAAGGGAAAGAAAGUAAUGUCUCAGAUUUAAUGAAAAUGCCAGUUCAAGAUUUAGAGCAGUCUAUGUUAAUUAAAUGAAUAAUUAAAAGAAAAAAAAAAAAAAAAAAAGGAGGCCCAAUUCCUGGUUAAAUUUAAAAUAGUUUUAUUUUCUUCAGUGAAACCAACUGAAACAAGAAACGAGAUGUAAAUCUGUCCUCCCAGUAGACGCAUUUUCAAGCAGUGUUUAUUUCUCAGGCUUUCCUUUGCAGAAGUGACAGCAGUCAGUUUUCUUUUGUAGGUGUACUUCCUUUAAGGUCCUACUGAAUUGAGCCAAUAUUCUUCUAGUUUUGUAAAUUGUUAGAAAACAUUAAUGCAGUGAUUUCAAAUUGGCUUAGCUUUACAAUGGCCUGAUCAAAGGUCGAAGAAAUCAAAGACAAAACUCUCAGCAGCUCAGCUCUUCUGUAAUCCUAAUCAGAAAUUUGGGCCAUAUUUAUGGAUUUGUUCAGUUAUCAAAUCUUGAAGCGCCGUUUGAAAAUUAGUGAAUAACAUUCUCCACAUGUUCAAAUUACCCAGUUGUACCUUUGUGCAGAGGGAACGACAGUGCUCCAUUAUUCCUCUUUGACUCAGGACAGGAACAAUUCAGCACGGCACAGCCAUCCUGUUACAGAAAAAAAUUCAUGCUUCCUUCCCAUGAAGCCUGCCUCUAUGAGAAAGAACCAUUUUGAACCAACGCAGACUUUGUCAGGUAGAAGAAACAUGAAUUUAUUAUGGAAGAUGUUUUCUUGCUGAGAAGGUAUCUGCAUGGGCAUGGCAGGGGCAUUGGAACUAGACGAUUUAUAAGGUCUCUUCCAAACCAUUCCAAUGUAUGAUUCUAUGAAUAUUACUUAAAUAGAAAUUCCCUUGUUUUUUAGAGGACCACUGAUGUUAAAGAUUUUUUCCAUAGCAUCCUUGGGAUUGGAGGAGUUUAUCUUCUACCUACCUUGAUAAACACCAUCUGCAGCUUUGCUUUAUGUCUGAAAAAUGACUUGAUGAAAACUGUUUGGGCUUGAGGUUUUAGAAUUUCCAUCCAAACCAUCAAUCCAAGAAUUUUCUGCAUCAAAGGGCAAGAUGUUUUACUCUACAUCCAUUAGUUUGCAUAUUCACAGCAUGUAGCAUUCAUUUCUUUUUUUCUGGUGAACAUCAGUGAGACCUGCAAGAAUUAUAUAUGGAGCAAAGUUCCAGUUCAAUCAUGGGAACAGAAACAUUGCUUCUGAGCUAAUAGAGCUGUGGUUUUGAUGUCAUUACCCAGUUCCCUGUAGUGAUUAUCUUUUUCCCAGCAAUACAUUUUUCUUUUAAUCAAUACAUCAAGAUUUCAUUUGGACUUUACUGGCACAUCCUCAUUAUUCAGUAGGUGUUAAUGUCAGAUUACUAAUCUCUCUGGCCAAACUCAGUUUCUUUUCUCACCGCCCACAGUCCUCUGUAAUGAGAACAAAUGAAGAGGUUCAUACCAAAAGCAUAUUGCUCAACAUCCUGUCUCUCACAACUGCUAAUAGGAAAUGCCUAGGUUUAUUCUGUGGGUGAUCUUGGUAGAUCCAUGGAAACAUUUUAAUGAGAAAUGAUGGUCAAAAGCUAAUUCAGCUAUUACACUGAAGAGGCAUUCAAAAAAAUUGUAGUGCCAUCCUCACAGUCUCCAGUUACAGUUUGUUUGAUAAUCUCUGUAAUCACAGAGAGAGCUCCCCAAAUUGGAGCAGAUUUACUGUAUAAUAAUAGACAGUCUCCAUUUUUUAUAAGUUUCUGUGAAGGUAACAUGCCAAAAACUUCAGCACUGAUGCUAUGUAUUGUCCUAUUUGCUUCUGUGUUAGGACAGGUUAAGUUAAUAGAGAAGUGCAGGCUUUCUAGAGGCACUUGGUCAGUGAGAGAAAAGUAUGAAGCAUUCUCAGCAUUGUUUAACUUAGUAGCUGCAUCUGCUGCCUGCAGUAUUUGGUUACACAUUUAUAACCAAACAUUUAUUUGUUGGACACCUGUAUGAAGUGAAAUAUAGUUUAUUAGCAAGGUUAAUGCUGUGAAGUUGGUUAGAUCAUAGUCAAACUCAGCAUUUGGUCAACAGCGCUUCAUUUUAGUGAGAAAAUGUUCUCAUUUGCCUGAUAUUGUUUUCACGAAUAAAAGGCUUUGCAGUGUUUUUUCCCUGGGAUGUUGAGGCAGAGAGGUGCUGAAAUGUAGAAAUCACAUAUUGUAGUUGGAAUUUCCUCCUGAUAUUUUAUUUCCUAUUAAAUAGAUGAUCCUUUUUUCCUCUCUGAAAAUAAAGAGAGGAGAUCUACUGCAUAUUCCCUGAAUGGGAAGGAGAAUGCAUGGGCCCAAGCUGGGGUUAUUGGUCUUUUUGCCACAGCCUGGUUCUGUGCAGCUUGCCCCUGAUCCAGGCUCAGACAGACUGGAGACCAUAGGCUGACCACAGAGGCAGACUCACAGGCCAACUUCUCUUACUAAAGGCAUGAGGCCUAAGUAAACAGAAACAGCAGUUAUUCCCCCAGAGCACCUUUUAGAGGUUUUCUGUCAGAUUUCUCCAUCUACUUGAAGCUCUCUGUCACACAGGCUUUUCUGUGAUGCAGGGCACAGAGGUCAAGAACUCAGAGUGAAGGAAAUUGUAGAGCAGUGGAUUAAAUUUUGUUCAGUAUCACUCUGGAAAUACCUACCAUACAAAGACAAAAGCCGCUGCAUGGGAGAGUUACUGCAAACACAGAAUUUUAGUAGUGUGGCUGUCUUGCAGAAUCCCACAGGGUUUUGCUCUUUUAAUUCCAAAAAGCUCAUAGUUGUUAAAUGUGGUUGUGGUUUUGACUUCACUGUUCAUUCCCACAUCCAUUUUCAGAUCUCAGUCUGUUCAGAAAGGCACUGUGGGGCCUGGAAGCAUGCCUCUGCAAACAGAAAACCAUCUUGUAUGGGAAUUGCUUAUGCUGAAGAAGAAAUACUUGCACUUUGUCACUAGCUGGUCCUACUGAGGUUCAUCUGUAUGCGGAUGCAGUUUCAUAGUGGUGUCCCCUCCUGUGUUCACGGUGCUUCUGUGCCUGCAGAGACAUCCACCUUUUCUCUGUUUUCCAUUAACAUUUCUCUUUCAUAUAUAUAUGUAUAUAUGUAUUUCUGUAUAAAGCAAAUGGCGCAGAACUGUGGCGUGUUGCAAACAUUUAAACAUACCAUAGCUCUGCGCUGAGACUUAUGCUCUGCUUACUGAUAUUGUAUUAAAUAUUUCUUUCUCUGAACAAAAUAAUAGGAUAAAGAUCCUUUUUAUCCCAGCAGACUUUAAAAUGAAGGGGGAAAUAAAAUACCACAAACCAAUUUGAAUUGCAGAUGGGUGUGAAGCUUGUAUCAGUUGUUGGGGCAAGUGUAGCUGCAGAAUGGCUUUCAGAUUCUUCAGCAUCCAGAGGAAGCCCUCACGCUUUCUAUCUGCCAACAAGACUAAUCCAACAGCAGCAUCACAAACAUCUAGCAUCCUCUGCACUCUUUCAUCUUCUGAUCUCAGGCUUCUGCCUCACCUCUGCUGAGUGCUGACAGCACACUGAGCAGACCCACUUCCCCGCCCUAACUCAGUCACAGAGCUUCUCACUCUGUUUUGGACACUGUUAUUGCUUUGUAAAAUUAUGCUUUUGUAAUGUUACAGAUAACAGCAUGCUUAAAUUAGCAACAAAACAAGAAGCAUAAGCUUGACAGCUGUCUCUUUAGGAAAGACAAACCAGCAUGGUGAGGCAGUGAAGUUGCUUUUUACAUGAGGAGGCAACUGGAAUGUAUCAAGCUCUACCUGGGAAUGGACAGUAAGCAAGUAGAGAGCUUGUGGGUGAAAAUUAAGGGGCAGGCUAAGGUGAGUGACACUGUUGUGAGUGUGCACUACAGGCCACCUUAUCAAGUGAAGGGAUUUUGAUGAGGCCUUCUACAAACAGCUGGAAGCAGCCCCACAGUCACAGUCAGUGGUUCUGAUGAGUUUCAGUCAGUCUGACAGUUGCUGGAAAAACAGUGCUGCCAGGUACAUACAGACCAGGAGAUUCAUGCAGUGUACGGAGGCGAAGUUUCUGACACAAAUAGUGGAGAAGUCAAUAAGGAGAGAUUUGCUGCUGGAUCUUAUUCUUACAGUCAAGGAAGCGCUGUCUGGGAAUGUGAGGGUUUAGGGCAGCAUUCAUGAGAUGAUGAAGUUCAGGAUCUUGAGUGGAAGAAACAGGGCAAUACGUAGGAUCAUUACUCAGGAGUUCUAGAGAGCUGGCUUAGAUGUUUUUGAAAACCUACUUGGAAAGGUCCUAUGGGUUAGAGUGUUUAGACUGUAAGGGGGGUUCAAGAGAGCUUGCUGACAUUCAGGUGUCACUUCAAGCUUAAGAUCAGUGCAUCCCUAAGAGUAAGAAAUAAAGCAAAGGUGGCAGGAAAUCUGCGUGGAAGUUGCACUCAUGGAUAAACUCAAAGGGAAGAAGGAAGUUUAUGAAAUGUGGAAAAAGGGUCUGGCCACAUGGAAAGAAUAUAGCAAUAAUGCCAAAGCAUGCAGGGAUGUUGUGAGAAAGGCUAAAGCGCAGUUGGAAGUAAACUCAGAAACAGUUGGCUCCCUUCCUUCAAAGAAAUGUGUUAUUCAUUGAGCUUUUCUGGAGUUGAGGAUGCCAGUGGCAGUAAAGGAUGGCAUGAAUUGAAGAUGCUGAUUUUGCAGAAGGCUCCAAAGGCAGGAGUUUCACCUUCUGCUGCUACUGUUUGUGCUUCCACUGCCUUGCAUACUCUUCCUGUUCUGGUUCAGAAUUCUGUUAUUUAAAAUUUAAAAAACCUCCACUCUUUUUUGUUUUGCAGCAUAGUAUGUGCAGUGUAUGACAGAUGGUGAGAAAUUCUUAUCAUUGUUCUUAUUAACAUCUGUUGUUGACAUGACUGCUUACAUCUAAAGGAAAAGUAGGAUCAAAGGGUUGAUCUUGCUCUUAUUUGCAGCAAAGACAAUACUGCUACAGUGACACAGCAGGCAGUUGCAGAGAGGGGGAGGACCGCAGCAGAAGUUUUCACUGGGGGAUUUGGGUGAAAUCAGUGCAGUAACUGUCUGCUACAUGUCUGAUUUUAACUUUCCUAAGCACUAGACUUAUCCAUGUAGCAAGAAGUUAUUCUUCAACAAUGUUAUUAAUUUGCAAUGCAUGAGCAACUUCACAACAAAAAUCUAUAAACUGUUUAACUUCAUAUGCAUGUUUGAUCUUUUGUGGCUUGGCUUCUAAUCAUGCAUGAAAGCAAAUAAAACAGUGACACUGGGGAAUGCAGCAACUCAGUCAUAGGUCACAAGUCAUUCACCUUGGCAGAUGCUUACUUGUUCCUGUGGCUUAGAAAGGUUAACCUCCACUUAUCUCUGAUCCCAGUGUCACUGCAGCAACUAAAUGGCUUCUGAAAGAAACAGCAUGGGGCAUCUAGUUGGGGCUCUCAUUAGAGAGGCCAAUACAAGAAAUUAUGCAAAGUGGCAACUUUGUUGGCAGCCUUAGCAAGAAGAGCAUCUGGAGGCAGAUGCUAAACUGGCCAUCUGCUCUUGGGAUUUUAGUUUCCAACGGCGAGUGAGGCUGAACAUGUUUUAUUUUGGACAAAAAAAAAAAAAAUAAAAGACACUGUCUUUCAGUGCUUGUUGUCCUUCCUCCCCCCUCUCCUCUUCCCCCCCUCCUGAUUCUAGACACAGCAUGAGGCUGCCUAAAACCUGCCUAUAAUCUGCCUGGGUGUGCUUGUUUCUUUGUGAUCACAUACAACUGAGUCUAGAGAUCUGUUUUUUAAGAUGUCCAAGGAAAGUGAGAUUGAUCCCAUUGAUUUAAGCUUCUCUAGACCAGUGCUGUCUCUGAAAUCUUUUAGUCUGUGCUGCUUUUCAGAGUUUUAAAUUGGCCGAAGAAUUGGUAGAUGGACAGAUAAGCACAGUCCAGGAUGAACAGUGGUUUGAUAUGGUGACUACCCAGAACAAGGGCUACUGCAGUUCUAGAAAUCUCUUCCUUCUGCUGUCUGAACCACUUACGUAAGCUAUAAGUGUUGCCAAUCACAACUCCUGGAUUUUGCGGUGUGUUAAAAAGAGCGUGGUCAACAGGUUGAGGGAGGUGAUCCUCCUCCUCUACUCUACCAUGGUGAGACCACAUUUAGACUACUCUGACAAGUUUUGGGCUCCCCAGCUGAAAGAAGGCAGAGACCUCUCCUACAAGGAGUCAACUGGAGGGCCACAAAGAUGAUAGAGAGUCUGGAGUGUCUUCUGUAUGAGGAAAGGAUGAGUAACCUGGGUUUGUUCAGCCUGGGGAAAAGAAGACAGGGGGGGUUCUGAUUAAUGUUUAUAAGUGUCUGAAGUGAGGCGGAAGGCAAAUGGAUGAGGCCAGGAUCUUCUCAGUGGUGCAAAGUGAUAGGAGGAGGAGAAACGGCUUAAAAUUUGAACAUAGAAAGUUCAAUAAUAACACAGAUCUUCUUUAUGGUAAGGGUGAUGAAGCAGAACCACUGGAAUAGGUUGCCCAAGGUGGUUAUGAGGUUUCCUUCCAUGGAGAUAUUCAAGAUUCAUCUGGACACUACCUAGGCAACCUGUUGUAAGAUGCCUGCUUCAGCAUGGGGCUUAAACUCAACAGUCUUUUGAGGUCCCUUCCAACCCCAGCAGUUCUGUGAUUCUAUGAUCUCGUUAUGAAUGUUCACCUGAGCCAUAUGGCAGAAUGCCUAUAUAAACCUUGCUAGUUAUUCUGUUGUAUUAGAUGAUAAUAAAGUAUACAAAUGCUAUAGGGCAGAAGAAUAGUUGUUGGGUUAUCGUUAAUAUAUUAACGUUAAAACAUUUUUUGGUUUUGUGAUUUCGUUUUGUAGGCCCAAAGUUACUAUUAGCAGAAGGUCUUAUAUUGAGAUAACUGUUUUUUAGAGUUAUAUUUGCAAUACUUUGAAAUGACUACUCUUGAAGCAAUAAGUUCAGCCAUGCAACUCUAUUCCGCUGUAGACUCUUGUAAGACAGCUAUCACCCUAACAGAACAUUUUUUAACAAAACAUGAAAUGACACAAUAACACCCUGUUGUGUAUUGUUUGUCCUUCCAUCCUCUUCUCCAAAGGAGAAGAGAAUGUAGUGGAAUAAUUUGAUUUUGUGAGGCGUUGUCUUUUUGCUAAUUUUCUAAAAAUACAUGUUGUUAUUUACUUAAAUAGGGAUGGGCAAAAUUGGAACUGCAGAUCAGGAUUAGAGAAGGCUUGUAGCUGUAAACAGAGUGUCUUAAAGACUAGCCUGCUGAGUAAGACUGUUCUCCCAUCCUAAAAACAACAGCAUUAUAUGCAAGAUAAACCCAAGAAUGAUAAAUAUGAGCAAUAAAACAGUUAUAAGUAAUUGAUAAGUUCUGCUUUUAUAAGCAGCAGUAAAUUAAUGUUAAGACUGAUUAAUAGUCAGAGAAGAGCACUUCUUAAGCUGUUUUAGUAUUUGUUUGUUAUCAGCGCAUCUCUAAGGUAUUUUUUCCUUCCCUAGUGAGGCUGAAACACAGUAUUGCAUCAAUAUCAGUUCUGGAGCUUAUUGCAAAGGAGUGUGGUUGGAAAUUAAUAGCUAUUGAGUAGAGGUUUUUUUUUAGAAGUGAGCCUGUGAUAACAAAUGACACGGGAAAGAGAAAAGAGGAACAAACAUAUUCAUUGUAAAAGUUUAUGUGGCAUUUCUGUUUGAUUAAAAAACAUUCUGAAUAUUUUUUACAAUUAAAGCACAACUGCAUCAUUCCAGUUAUUUGCAUUUGCUAGGAGGGAAGUUUUUCGAAGUCCCAAAGACUUUUUCCUCCAUCCCAUAUUCUUUGUCACACAAACUUCUUCUGACAGCCAGAACUCAUUUUGCUCAAUAUCUUGAGAUUCUGAAUGCCCAAAUAAGCUUUUAAAAUGUGGUUUAUAAAUCCAUAUCAGAUCUUGAGGGUGUACGGAUAAGGAGCCCACAGGGAGAAUGCAUCUGAAGAAAGUGAAUAAAGAUUCUGUGCAUUUGGAAGUUCGAUGGUCAGGAGUGUACUAUCACUAUGUUGCAGAGUGCAAGAAUGUGCUGUAUGUGAUGUCAGUAGGAUGAGUUUUAGAAUUUAUUAUCCUCAGAGUUUUAGUGGAGUUGCAUGAGAAAUCCAUUAUUUUUGGAUGAGGGAAAGUUAUUUCAAGUGAGUUCAAUCUCCGAUUGCAGAAAAAAAAGUUGUGAAGGAAAAGGGAAAUCUACAAAUUCUUAAUGUAAAAAGGAAAGACAGAUGCCCCAUUUUUGUUCACCGUUUGACUUUUCUGGGAUAGGUCUCAGAAUUUCUCUAAGUUGAGAUGGUGAAUGCAAAACAUGUCAGUAGCUAUAAAACUUUACAAGUGAGGUACUUUUUCAAGUAGAGUUGAAUGCCUUCCAGGUGUGUGUAGGAAUAUGAUACUUCAGUGUUAGCUCUUAAAAAAAUUAAUGAUUCUAUCAUGCUUCAUUAAUAAAUAUUGUUUAGAAAUGUCUAAACUGCACGUUUGGAAGUGUUGAGUCAAAGCAAAAAGAUUCAAAGAUCUAAAGUCUGUGACAUAAUUUAGAGUUCAUGCCAUUUCUUCAGAAACAGUUCUAUAUAUGGAGUUUUCAAAAGCAAUUGCAGCCAACGGUCAUUUAUAGUUAAUUUCAGGUGCAUAAAUGCCAAGCAAAUCAUAUUAGGUUAGGCCAAGAUUGAAUUCAGUUGAUUUAGCAUGUAUUAAGAGGGAGAAUGCAUCCCCGUGCCAGUCUCUAAAUGCACUUCCUAGGAUAUCUGUGAGCACUAUGUCUUCUACUGAAGCCCAAACAAAGCCCACUCCAGGCACAAUUCGCAUCCCAGUACAUGGCAUACAUAUUUCCUUACAAUUAGCAGUUAAGUUGCAGCCAUUAAUGUUUUUGAUGUUAGAAUAUUGCUUAUUAACCUCAUACCUUGCUGCCCACUUUUAUCUGGGAUCCAGUAGACUUCAGAGUACCAAGAGAUUUUGGAACUCCUGUGAAACUGAGUGAGGUUCUGCUACCCUAAGUCUAAGUAUUUACAACUUCUGAUGGAAAAGCAAACGUGUACAUGGAGAGAAGCACAUCAGGGACAAGGGCCAGAGUUUCAAAGGGCCUUGGACUGAGCUCUGAACCAGAGGUGAGUGGGAAGAUUCAGGGACACUGCUGUACAACUCCCAUCCUUCUCCCACCCUUCCAUCUCUACUGUCUCCAUUCCUGCCCUCGGCCAUCUGCAGUGAUUUGCAUUGCAGUCCUGGUUGGGGAGGCCGUGGGAAAGUUCUUGGGAAGAACAGUCCUCUGCUCUGUGAACUGUCAUUCUCUCCAGAGAAAAGGAAUUAGGAGCGGUAUUGUCUUCCCUAGCUGAGAAAACUUGCAGAUUUUCCAUGUAAACAGUUUCUAUAAUUACCAGGAAAACAAAUCAGAGAGGCAUAGCUGUGCAGCAGGGGCAUCCUGCUUUGUAUGUGCUGCUGCGAUAAUGAAAUCCAAACCCUGCGCAACUGCAGGCGCAUUAUUCUCACUUGCUUUAAAGGUCAGCUAAGACGCUAAUUUCUCAAAUGGGCUCAUAGCUCUGAGACAUCGUAACACCAGUCGCUUCUUCCAGAAAUUGUAGUUGUCAGAGAAACUGGAUUAGUAGCUCACAGAGCUAAAAACAGGCACUGUGUGUCUGCCAGAGAAGCUUGGUUCAGGAGCAGAGGUGAAGGCAAAUCAAAGUGUCAUAACAUGGAGAAAAAGCUUUGGGUUGAGCAGUUUUUGUUGUCGCAAGUUAGCUAUAAAAUUACACUCAAAAUAACCAGAGUUGCCAACUGGAAGAAUGUCAGGAUUUAGUGUUGAUUCUGUUUUAUUCACCUUCUGGAUCCAGCCUUCAGGUGCUGCUUUAUCAACUGGCAGCAGUUGCAUGCAAUUUGUACUAUGAUUUAAGCAAUUAUUUUUACUUUUGUGUUCAGAAGCAGACCAACUUACAGUCCAGGAAUAAUCCUUUUUCUCAGAAGGAGCAGUGAAGCAGUGAGUGGCACAGGCUGCCUGGAGAGGUGCUACAGUCACUGUCCCUGGAGAUGUUCAAGAAAAGGGCAUGGGUUAGUGGGCAUGGUGGGGAUGGAUUGAUGGUUGGACUGGAUGAACAUAGUGUUCUUUUCUAACUUUAAUGAUUCUAUAAUCUUUACCACUUUCUUUAGAAAUCAAUUCUGUAGGAUGUGCCUUUUCUGUGUACCAUCUAUAAAAUCUCUGCAUUUCAGAUUUGAGGCGCUGUCAAGUGUAGGGUAUGCACAGUAACUUCUAUCAGUGAAUGAAAUUUCUGCAAAAAAUAUUAGUAAAUAUUGUAAAUAAUUUGUAAAUUCUGUGCUUUUGGCGCCCAUUGCUCAUCAUUGUCAGAGGGGAUGGGAAUACUUCUGAUUUUAGAUUUAGAUAGCAUCAGUUCCAUUUAUCUGGUGUUAUUGCAGUAUUAAGGACUGGUAGUGAAACAGGAAUGUCAGGACAAGCAGCACCAGCAGUUGUCUGUGUUUCACAUCCUACACGUUGUGCACGCAUUUCAUGUUAUACUUUAUAUUAUAGAACAUAAUAUGACAAAAUAUACAGAAAAAUGUUUGGGAAUUAAAAACACAAAUAUGUGGAUGCUGCAGUGCCUGAUAGCUAUCCUGAGAUAGUUUUGUCGUUUACUUCUGGGAUCAUUCUGAGCUGUCACGCAUCCUUGGCAUCCGUCCUUGUUUUGGUGGAAGGCAUGAUCUUCUCCAGCCCUAUAGCUGAUACUAAUCAGCUAUGUUUGGAGCUCUUACAGACAACUGUGGAAAAGUAACUCAGUGCUACUUACUGAUAAAGUUCUUGUGAUUUAUAUUUCUUUAGUGAGAUAAAUCAAUGAUUACAAGACUUUUUCAAAAACAAGCCAGUGUUAUUGGCAUAGACUUCACAGCUUGGACUCAUCAAGUCAUGAUUCAGACUCAUCCCAAAGUCUCUGAGUACAUGCUGAACUUUGCUUGCAGAAUUCUCCUGAAAGAACGAUCACAAUUUAAAAGUUUUUUUUGUCUCCAUACUGUCUGACCCCUCACUCCUCCCAUCCAAAGGAAAACUCAUGAAAGUUAUGAAACUUUGAAUAGGAAACCUCAUGUUUCUGCUACUUAGAUCUGUCACUUUCCUCCAGGAGUCAAAUACAGUUCUCAAAUUGAUGGUUUACCUGGCAAUUUGUUCAGACUCAUCUAAAUUUCCUCUGCAGGUAACUCCAGAAUGAUUACUCUUUGAUGCCUUAGAGAACUAUCUUUUGCCUUUUCCCUUUGAUUUCAGUGUUGCCAAAGUAAAACCUGAGGGCUAAUUUCUGUCUGAGCUGCUUCAAACACCUCAUGUAACAGGGCCAGAUAUGUGCAGAGGUAAGAUGUAGCUACAAGUAAGAAAUCUGGUUUAUUUUAGGGAGGAGAAUGUUCACCUGAGUCUGUGGUACUCAGUUUUAGGAGUAGGAAUUUAGGAGUUAUCAGCCAUUAGUGGUCAACUGUUUGCUCAGAGCAGAGCAAAGGGAAGGAGCAGUUCAGUGAAGUUUUACUCUCAGCUUUCUGGUGGCUGAGAAUUGCCCCUUGUUUCUCACUUCUCUGUUUUGCAAACUGGAUGAAAGUAUUUAGUAUCCUAAAAUGUGAAUACUGACCAACUCAAAGUCUGCUCUCCAGGAAAUGGGCCAAUCUUGCCUGAAUGCCAAUGAGUUCUGAAAAUUGAUUUUACUGUGUUCUGUAACACUGUAAUGCUGCAAGUACGUGCGCAAGUAAUGCAGCCCUACGUAAUGGGAUUACAGCUUUGCACUAUCAACAAAGAAUGCUUACCAUAAAGGUAAUGUUGGAUGUCAUUAAGUAAUACUGGAGCUCUGACAGGGUUUAGAGCACUGUGGUGUUUGUGAACAGUAGUAGUUUGCAUAGGAUUUCUUGUAGAGCUGAUGGUAACCCAACUAACAGCAAUAUUUCUGUUUCAGUAAUGUAUAGGAGAGGUAGAGUGGUAUCUCUGUACACUUCUGUUACCUUAAUGGUUAUGAGAUCAAUUUAGUACUACAUGAAUCUGGUAUUAUUUUCAAACUGUGACCUGUAAUCUUCUAGGAAAAAAUAUGGCAGGUUAGACUCUUACUGGGAGCUCGUGGACAAAAAAGCUCAGCAAAGCAUGUAAGCCAAGAUCUUCCCACACUGAAACCAAUGGAGUAACAACAAAACCCAGACUGGUUUCUUACUUUUCCUAGCUGUCAAGAAAGGAAUCCACCUACCAAAAGAAACAGAACCCGCGCAAAAUAUCUCAUGCUGCAUUUCAGUUUUGUUAUUGUGAAUUUAUUUGGCAUUUAAUGGUCUGGAAGUUACAGUACCUCUGGUUGAAAAUUACUGUUUCAGUUAUGGCUGUUCCCCAGACCAACUGAACUUAUUAUUAACCAAAGACUUAUCUACUUGAAAACAAAGCAGUGAAGUUUGGUUCUAUCAUUUGUGACUUUGACUGGAAGCAGCUGAAGUGCGCAAUACAUGUACUGACCAAACCUGUGUCGUGUCAUUCAGCAAGAAUUAUUCAAGGCUGCAGCACUGGUAUAGCACAGCAGAAUUCAGUAUUAGUCCCUCUGAGGAAACACAAAUCUAUGUAAUAAAUUGAUGUGCCAUAUGUGUAGGCCAUGGGAAAAUUGUGCGUGCAGUGAAUUACAUACAGGCUUAAAAGCUUUAACAUUUGUACUGCUCUUCCUAUAAUAGAAUGUAUAUCUUGAUAGCUGUGACCCUAUGAGCUUCUGACAAAUAUGUAAGCUAAAGUUUAUUCUUCUUGUUUUAAAACUGACUUUCUGUGAAUUGUUGUUCACACAGUCCUCCACAGAACAAGGAAUCUUUCUCCAUGUGUUGCUGGAAAACAAAAAAGCAGACGCUAUCUGUAAACCUUGCAGGCUGGAGAGAUCAAUCAGGGGAUGUUGGUCCUGAAUCUCUUUCUGGCGAGUUGCUUUUUUUUUUUUUUUUUUUUUUCUCUCCACUAAAUGCAAACAGUAAAAAGGCCAAUAAUCUGGGCCUUCUUUAGAAGAAACAAAACAUAUAUUCAUGGCCUUCUUCUGGUCAGCUUCUGUUGAUACUUUUGUCUUUCUACUUCCUUUCACUUAAACUUUGAUGUUAUGAGUCUUGCUGACUAUAGCAAUGGAGGGCAGUUUGCUUUCUUUGCGCUUCCUUUAUCCAAAGAAUUAAAGGUCUCAAAAAAGAAGAAGAAACUUUACAGAACACAUGCAGACAUGUUGUUAACAGAGAGUGGAAAGGUAAAACAGCCUUCUAAAAACAUUCCAGUUUAUCUUUUAAUGACAUGCCUGCACUGCAUUGGGGCUUCACAUUUUGCUUUCAUAGUGUGACCUGCUAUAAUGUUGUUUGUUACAAUGAGGUUCUUCUAGAUUGUCCAAGAAAUUUUACUGUUUGUCACUAUAUUAGAAACAUAACGUACACUCUAUAAGGAAAGCAAUAUACAAUAUACUAUACAUCUUCUAUUUCAAUGCCUCUAGUUUUAGGCUAGUAUUCAUAUAAAUGUUUAUAAACAAAAUACAGAUUUUAUUGUUCAUUACAGGACCAAGCAAAGAAGUUUUGCCUUGUCUGAGUACUAAAGGUUGUCUAAACAGUAACAUUUCUCUUCAACAACUUCUCUUUUCUCAUGCUUCUAGUUAACUUGUGGCGGUUAUCCUACCCCAAUCCUUCAUAAAUGCGUUUGAAAGGGAAAGUAAUGAGCUCUCUUAGCGCAUGAUCUUUGCACAGUACCUGAUUCAUAAAUAAAUCUAUAAUCUCAUUUAUGAGUUGCUAGUUACCAACAGAACAGCAGAGAUCCCUCUGAAAUUCAGCUGAGUGCAUUCUGAAGAACCUUGCGUUACCUACUCAGUUUUGCAAAAUUUCUUUUUAGAAGGCAUAUUUUCUGAAGCUUUUGAUGUGGAUACGGCCUUCAUCAAAAAUUGUUCUAAUUUCUGCUUCCUGUUUUAUCUUGAAGUUUAAUGAUAUGGAGAAUUUAUUUUAACAAAAUCAUAUGGGUUUCCUUCAAGAGAGUUCUCACUUCAUUUGACCUAUUCCUCAGGUAGGUAGCUUGCAUUAAUUACUUUUUAUCAUAUUAGUAACAUAAUAACCAGUAAAAAAUUUUGGGUUUUUUUCCAGAGAAACUAUACAGAAGAACAUUUUCUUCCUGAUUGUGACCAGGAUAACCAACUUAUAUAUUUCAGAGAGAAAUCAGUGAAUAGUGAUCAAAUAAGAUACUGUUACAACAAAUCCAGAAGUUUUAUAUACAGAGAGAGUUGAAAAGGGAAGUUACCUGGUUACUUUAUCCAAUCAUUCUGAAAAUGCAAUUCAGCUGCCAGGUCUGACUUCAGUCAUCACAAAUGUAGUGUAUUCCAUGGAAAACGUUGUCAGAGCUUUGCUUUCUAAGCACUGCAAUAACAUGGUUUGAAAAGUACCAGCUCAUUCGCACUUCCAGGUGCUCAAGAUACCACCCAGACAGUACUUACUAUUUUUCUCCAACCACUCAGAAAGUUAGUGUGAAUCUAUGUCUCUGCAUUACUCCAGUACCACAAGUGGGGAGUGCAUCGGGUAGUUUGCUGCAAGCUUGCUUUCCCAUGCAAUGAAAUGGAUGAGUAACUGCUUCAUCACUUCUGUGAUAACUUUUUUUUUUUUUUUUGUCUGCUUUUUUUUAUUUGACACCUCUUCAACUGUGUCAUUAGCUCUGUCUGGCUGCUAGAAGUCUGCUGGAUAAAGGCUAGACUACAGACAUGCACAAAAACUCUGUAUUUCAGAUUAGAGUAGUUUUGUAUGGGUAUGUUGAGCUUUCUGCUAGGAGGAGACCAAGUUUGCAAAUGUACUUGGCUCAUCUCAGCCAGUGGAGCUGAUGUUUAUAGGCACAACAGAUGCUGACAUGCUGCUCACCUAGCACAGACACGUGGUCAUGCAUUUCACUCUGGUGAAUCCUUGGGUAAAAAAUGAAAUUUGCAGCAUUUUAGAUUUUGUAUGUAAAGUAGUACAUGACUUCUACUGUGUGCUCUCUGUUUUAUGAAAUAUUUUGGAACAAAAAAGAUAAUGGGAGAGAGGGUGUGAAGUGUGAGGACAGUUGUGAUGUAGAACUCAUUUGUCAAAAUUUGUGUUCUUUUAAAACUUGUUUCCUAUUGCCACAUGUGAAAGUGACACCAUUCAAAUACAACGGUCAGUGCUGAUCUUUGGUCUUAUAGAAGAUGUACCUGAGCUCGGCAGGUAACUAUUUACUGAGUAGCUACAGCACUGCUGUGGGGCAGGAGGUGACUGUCCUUUUUAAUAAGCAUUAUUUGAUGAUUAAUUGCUGAAGUGAUUAAUAUCCAAAUUCCAUAUUGGGAUUCAGCAAAUAAGGUGCAUUUUCCACAAAUCAAGGCUUUGUGAAUUUUGAAUGCUACAGUGAAUCAGGAGUGAUCUGUAGUGGUCCUAAGCCUCCACUAAUAAAUCAGGUUGUUACAGCACAGUCAAAGCCUUUGUCAGCGUUGCCAUGCCCAAAACCAAGUGUUCUGAACAACUACAGACCAGACUUCUCCCUCAUCCUUGCAAUGAAAAACCACUGGGCUGUUAUUAUAGCUAAUAGGAGUCCUUGGGCAAAGCAAAAAGCUUUGAAACCAUAUCCCACCCUCCUUGCUGUGUAAGACAUCAAUGGUCUGAUCCUGCAAGCGUUGUAUUUGCUGGGUAAUGCUUAGUCUGCUAACAGAACCAUAAUCCGGCGCACUGGUGUAAAGCGCUCUGUGUGGAGCAACACAGCACUUCCCCUGACCUGCAUCUGGAUUUUACGUGUGGUUACAUGGGCCAGUUAGGCUGCAGUCCUGCAUGUGCUGAAGUGAAAAGGUAACAAAAGGGAUGCGGGGGGCCUCAAAGUGUAAUUUAGCCUUCUGCAAACACUGUGAGCGAGGGUGGUGGGACUGCAGCCAUACCUCAUGCAUGGGUGGCUGGAGAGAGGGGUCAACACCCAGUACAUAAUGCAGCAUUUCAGAUAUAUAAGGACUUAUUUUUCCAUCUGUUCUGCCCACAUUCCUGCAUAUUUUAUGAAUCAGGUCUGUGAUCAAUGGUUUGACCAAAUUGUUUCCUGAGGUUUUGUGAGGGUUACUAUCUCUUUGGUUUGCAAUGUAAAUAAUACUGUACAUCUGCUAUUUUAUGAUACAAAUGCCCUGUGAAUUGCUUAUUUUUAAAAUGUUACAGCUCUGCCAUGUUUAUUUACAAUGCCAUCUUACAGUAUUGGUUUAAUAUACAAUGUAUCUGUAUGGCAUGAAUUAAAUUGAUUAUAUUUUACCAAUAUUUAUCAAUAUUUUAUAUUGAUAAAAAUAUCAAUUUUUUUUCUAAGAUUAUUAUGCUUCAUCCUAUGCAGUAUCAUAAAUGUUUCUUAAGUGGCUCAUUAUGUCUGGAAAUGUUGCUUCCAUUUCGUAGUGCAGACAUAAGAACCAAUAUUCCUGAUCAAAAUCGUCAGAUAUAUCAUCUACUAAUUUCAGAUUAGAAAGACAUGUACAAAUAUGUAAGCAUUUAUAGGUGAUCUGAACAUCCACUGUAUCUUCCUUGCUUUUCAUGUAAUGAUAUAUUUUAAUCAUUUUGUAUAAUUUUUAUUUGUAAUUAAUUGUGAGUCAUACACAGUGUAAAUAAUAUUUCAUUAUGCAAGAUUUCUAGGUAAUCAAGAUGACAAAAAAAAGUGAAUUUGUAUAUGAGAAGGAUUUGAUGGUAGAUUGGGAUGACAUAAAAUAAAGUGGUGAUGACUAUGUUCUGUUUACACUGUUCAAUUCCAAACCAUGUUAAAGAAAAAACCCAAACAUUUUGUUUGCCCUUUAAUGUCCUACCAGCUAUUUGCAGCAUAUUUACAUCAAUAAAUCAUGCAAAAGUCUAUUAAAAUUCACGAUGAA